UCUCUCAAGAUAAACUUUCCUUUGUUCUCUCUCUCUUUGGGUUCUGUACUUGUGAGUUUAGUUUUUCUGGGACUGCCCUUUAAGAGUCAAAGAAGAGAGAGAGAGAGAGAGUGAGAACAAAUUCUAAGUAAAGCAGUUUCUUUCUUUCUUCUCUAUUCUGUUUAAACGACAAGCCGUUUGUGGGUCUCCACAGCUAGCUAAUAGUCUUUUAAUUCUUUUCCUCUAAUGGGCAGGAUUUGCUCAUUUAAGAGUUAAUUGAUCGAAAAAUGAAUGUAGAGAAUGAGAGCAUAGAACCGGUGACUGAAUUAGGACUUGGUCUGGGUUAUUCCAAUCAGUUCAUACAGAGAAGAUUGAACAAUGAUUCAGGUGCAGGUGCAAAUGCAGGUUCAGGAAUAAACAUGACAUUUGUGGCCAACAACCCAUUGUCCGAGCUAGUUUGGUCUCCACACAAAGGUCCAAGUAAUGUGGCUCUUUUACCACCGAGCACCAUAGGCAGGAAUACUACUACUUCUACUACUCAGAAAAGUAUACACAAAGAGAACUCCCCUAUAUUGAAUACACUUCAAAUGAAAAUUGGAGUUGUCGGCGAAGAUUCUCAGACCAGAUCUGAUGGAAGUGAUGGCAGUGUCAUGCCUGUAUGUGGACCGAGUGACCGGUAUGAGACAGCAGGAAAUGAUGGUGAUGCAGAGAAAAUGAAUACAACUAGAGAAAAUGAUCAAAUGGAGGAGCUUGGAGAGAGUAAAGGGGACGCCAUUUCUGGUCAUGUCGAAUCCCAAAUAGCGAAAAUUACUGAGAACAGAGACAGCUAUUUUGCAAACUCUCCAGGUCAGGUUAGCAUAAAAAAUACUGAAAUCUUGUCAAUAAAAGCAGAUCAGCCUAAACCUGACGAGGCACAAAUCGAAGCAUCAUCAGGCAAAAACAUUGACAGUAGCAAUCGCACGAUGCAGAUAGGGCGCUGUGUGAAUAAGACCGAGGCUGCUGGUGAUCUGGUAGCUGAUCAGAUUUUCCAAGGCAGUAGAAGAUGUCUUGAGAAAAUGGAGUCAACUUCUGAGAAUGAUUUGCAGAAUCUCAAAAGUGAAUAUGUGUGUGGUGGUGCUGCCGCAGAUGAGAUUGUAGCAUUUGAAAUGCCUCCUGGGGUUAGAGGAAGUUCUCAGCAGAAGAAUGAGGUAACAGCUCCUACAAGUGAGACUUUUCCGGAUCAACAUUCUCCAACUAAAAGAGUCCACAUGAAUAGAAGGAAGGGCAAGGAAAAAACUUUUUCCGACGGAGAUUUUGAUGGAAUUAUGUCAAAAGAUGAAGACGGGGGCAACCAUGAGAGUGUUGAAAGUUGUAAUAGUGCUGGAUUAUUUCCAACCAGUAAGAGAAAGCGAAACUUUGAAGAAGAUUUGGUUGUUGGGAAUAAAGGAUUCAAGAAACAAGUUCAUUGUGCUCAGGGUGUGACAUCAUUUACUAGACAAGAUAGUUCGUUCAUGAAUUGGAUAUCGAAUAUGAUGAAGGGCUUCUCAAAAUCAGUACAGAACGAGGCACCUUUUCCUCUCGGUGUUACACCUCAUGAUGAUAGACUUGAAAGUCCUCAUAAAAAGCUCAUCACCCUCAACAAGAACCAAGAUUCGGGGUCCAAAUUUAUUGGUUUCCAUUCAAUGUUUCAGUCCUUGUAUUGCUCAAAGGCAGAGGUUCAAGAAACCAGAAUGCUGAAUGUCGAGUAUCAAGUUGGAGAAGGAUCUAAGGAAUUUAAAUCAUCAAGUAAAACGUGUGAUGUUAAUGCAACUCCCAUUGCUUGUCACAGAGAGAAUAGUAACAUAAGCAAACCGCUUCAUCUGAUGAGAGGGCGGUUCAAUGAAUCUACAUCUGGAAAUGAGGACUCCGCAAUGCAGCCUAUGAUGCCGUUGGAUAAAGUUGCAGGUAGUCAGGAAAAAGACAAUACAAACUCUGAAGAUAACAAUAGUAAAUGGCACUUGUCCUUUAGUAAAGAGAAAGAGAGAACAAACUCGAAUUCCUCUCUCGGUAGACAAAAGACAAUCAGUGCUGAAAAAAUAAUUUCUGCUGAGCUGCAGCCAUCUACAGCAAAAACAUCGUUUUGUCUUAGCAAUGACCCUCUAGGAAGCUUUUGGGUAACUCGGUUUGCUCCAAAAAACCUGAGUUCCUCGUCGAACAUGGAUCAUCUCAACUGGAAUGCUGGUGUAAGUCCCAAGCACUCCACCGAAUGCCUAAAGCUUUUGGAGGCUAAGGUUCAUUCCUCAGAAGAUUUAGUUGUUGUCUCGGGUAAAGAAUUGGAGAAUAGUGCUAAUAAGGUUGAAAGUUUAGAAGGUCAGAAUUCGAUGUACAACUUAAAUCCUUUCUUACCUUCUACUAAAUUGAAACCUUCGGAUGCAAUGGCUACUGUGUUUGCAAGGAGAUUGGAUGCUCUUAAGCACAUUACUCCAUCAAGAGGAACGAAUAAUUCUGCUCGUGCAAGCAUGACAUGUUUAUUCUGUGGCUUAAACGACCAUCAUUUACAAGAUUGUUCAGAUAUCACUGAAAUCGAGCUUGAGGAACUCUCGAGGAAUGUAAAUACAUAUAGUGGAAUAAAAGAACUGUCUUGUUUGUGCUUAAGAUGCUUCCAACGUAAUCAUUGGGCUGUUGCAUGCCCGAACACAUCCUCAACAAAACGUCUUCAAGCAGAAUCUAAUGCUUCUUUUGGCAAACUGCAGCUUGAUAUAGUAAACAAAGAAAACUUGAACUUCCUAACUGAUGUUGAGAAAAAUAUAUCUUGUACCAGUCCAGUUACGAAACACAUUGCUUCAAACUCUGGGGUAGACAUGUUGAAUGAGAAACAGAUAAUUCCUUUCUCAUACUUUGUCAGUCAGCAGAACGUGGAUGUGCCAAAAGGACUCUUUGAUGCUGUAAGAAGGCUUCGUUUAUCCCGUACUAAUAUUUUGAAGUGGAUGAAUUCUCAUAAUUCACUCUCGCGCAUCGGUGGCUUUUUCUUGCGUUUGAGGCUCGGGAAGUGGGAGGAGGGACUAGGGGGAACUGGCUACCAUGUUGCUUGCAUAGUUGGAACAGAAAUAGAGAACAAACCGCAAGACCGAAAAAGUUCUGUUCUUGUGGACGUGGGAGGAUUUAGAUGCCUGGUUGAGAGUCAAUACGUCUCCAACCAUGAUUUUCUUGAGGAUGAGCUUAUGGCGUGGUGGUCCACGGUUCGAAGAAGUGGUGGCGAAAUUCCUUCAGAGGAAGAUUUGAAAACAAAGGCGAUGCAACACAAAAUGGUGUUGUUGUGGAGACCGGGACGGGGGGUAUACGUUAAGGAGCUUGAGCAGAACCGGUAUCUUUUUCAGUUCUACCAUGAGGUAGAUAUAUCAUGUGUGAUGGAAGGCAGUCCAUGGACUUUCGAUCGGGUCCCGUUGGUUUUUGAGCGUCUAAAAGUAGGAGAGAAUCCACGGGCUGUGGUUUUGAACAGGUUACACUUUUGGGUGCAACUUCAUGGCAUGACUCCGGGGUUUAUGUCGGAACGCGUGGUACGGGAUAUUGGUAAUCGUAUUGGAGAUUUCGUGGAAUCCGACUUAAACAAUUUUAAUGGUGUUUGGCGUGAUUAUAUGCGCAUUCGGGUUUUGCUAAAUGUGGAUCUCCCUUUGAAGCGGAAAAUGAAUAUCAAGAACCAAAAUGGGCAGAUUUGCUGUGUACAGUUUAAGUAUGAAGAUUUGACUACGUUUUGCUUCAUCUGCGGCAUACUUGGUCAUUCUGAACGUUUUUGUGAAAAAAUCUUCGAUACUCCUCAGCAUCUUCUCGUCAAACCGUAUGGUCUGGGCAUGAAGGCUGCACCUCGACGUCGGAACCAUACUAUUGGCUCACGGUGGCUACGGCAAGGAGCGGUUUACAGUGGUGGAGAGCAACCAAAUUCGGGUCCUCCAAGUGUCAACAGGACCAUGCAAGACAACAUGUUUUUGGCGAAAAAUCAGGAACCACUAUAUGACCCUCCCAACAAUAUAGGCGAAGCUAAUGGGGUUGAAGGAGCAGUUAUGGGACCGACAAGUCAUUUGAUUUCGGCCAGCCCACGAUAUAACCAUAAUGGAAAGUCAACUGCUAAUGUAAGUGAUGAGGCUCCACGUGUGACUUAUCCAAACACCCUUCUUGUUAUGGAGGCCAAAAGGAAGCGCGUGGAACAAUUGGGAAGGGGGAAUAUCGGGCAUGGAAUUAUAGGCCCAAGGAAUGAUUCAACUGGGCUUGUUUUGGAGGAAGAUGUUGUAAUGGGCUCCCACAUCAAUGAAAGCCUGGGAUUAGGCCCAAGUCACUUUGAGAACAAAAAUUAUGAAUUUAUCAAUUCAGAGGCUACUGGAGUGAGUUCGGGAGAAGCAAGUGGCCCAAAAAACGUAUUUGGGGCGGGUUCUGUUUCACAGACCCGCCAAGCAUUAUGAAUGUAUUGAGCUGGAAUUGCCGUGGGCUUGGGAACCCAGGGACCUUUCAAUUCCUUAAGGAGCUUGUUGCUCAAAAAAAACCCAAUUUUCUUUUUAUGUGUGAAACAAAAUGUCAAAAACAAAGGC